GACAAACCUGCGAUCUUAAUGAAAAAUGGCCUCAAUUUCUGGGUCUGACAUAUCACUACUUGUAACACUAGCUAGGUGUUUUAUCGGUGAAGCAGAGUGAGAUACGUCGGUUGUUUUAUUCUUUUUAUCUGCGGAGUGUGAAACUUGAUACAGGUGUUUUUUUAAUUGAGUGUGAGUGCUCCUUUAGUCGGGUCAUUUAUCCAAGAUGCCAACCUUUCCAAGUCUAAGCUCCUUAGGGCGGCUCUGUUCCUCUGGCCGUAGUAGAAAUGUCCCAACCAGCAAAAACAAGCCAGCACACUCGGUCAAGCGAAUGUCCAUCAUAGAAGAUGGGGAGAUCGCUGAGGUUUUGUAUCUUAUCCCCAAACAGACCAUGCUGGAACAGAUGCCAUAUCUAAAACCGGACGAUUAUUAUUUAUGUGAAGAGCUUUCAAGUCUUCCCUAUGGACUAGUGGCCCACCCUCAGGAUCCUGGACAGUCUACAGAGAAACCAGUUAUCCGAUGCCAUAAAUGCGGGGAGCCAUGCAAGGGAGAGGUCCUCAGAGUCCAGUCCAAACAUUUCCACAUCAAAUGCUUCAUAUGCAAAGUUUGUGGCUGCGACUUGGCCCAAGGCGGCUUCUUCAUUAAGAACGGAGAGUAUUUAUGCACACUAGACUAUCAGCGAAUGUAUGGGACGCGGUGCAGCGGCUGCGGGGAGUUUGUGGAGGGAGAAGUCGUCACUGCGCUAGGGAAGACCUACCAUCCCAACUGCUUCGCCUGCACUUUAUGCAAGCGUCCCUUCCCUCCGGGAGAUCGGGUGACCUUUAACGGGAGAGACUGCCUCUGCCAAAGCUGUGCCGCACAGCCAUCAUCACCAGGACCAAAAGAACUGGCGACGUCAAGCAGUUGCGCGGGCUGCGGACGGGACAUUAAGAAUGGUCAGGCCUUACUGGCGCUGGAGAAACAGUGGCACCUGGGCUGCUUUAAAUGUAAAUCCUGCGGGAAGGUACUGACUGGAGAGUACAUCAGCAAGGAUGGCUGUCCGUACUGUGAAAAGGAUUAUCAGGUGCUGUUUGGAGUGAAAUGCGAGGCGUGCCAUGAAUUCAUCACUGGAAAAGUACUGGAGGCUGGGGACAAGCAUUACCACCCGAGCUGCGCACGAUGCAGCAGGUGCAAGCAAAUGUUUACCGAAGGAGAAGAAAUGUACCUGCAAGGUUCAACAGUCUGGCACCCCGACUGCAAGCAGAGCAGCAAGGCAGAGGAAAUGCAGCGGCCCAUGAGAUCAUCGUCUGAAAGUGUAUAUUCUCGUCCUGGUUCCAGUAUCUCCGGCUCCCCAGGACACACGAUUUGUGCGAAAGUAGACAACGAAGUUCUGGAUUACAAGGAUUUGGCGGCGAUUCCUAAAGUGAAAGCCAUUUAUGACAUUGAGCGCCCCGAUCUUAUAACUUAUGAAUCCAUUUACACAUCUACCUAUGAGGACCGUCAGGACAGGCAGAGUAUGGGAGAGUCUCCCCGGACCCUGUCACCCACGCCAUCGGCAGAGGGUUAUCAGGACGGACGUGAUCGACUGAUCCAGAGAUCUACCAGUCAGGGAUCUCUUAAUUCUCCUGUCUACAGUCGCCAUAAUUACACACCCACCAUGUCGCGCUCCCCCCAACAUUUCCACAGACCCGGCACUGAGCCAUCCAGCGGCAGGAAUUCCCCUCUCCCUUUACGACCCGACAGUCGCCCUCUAACACCAACUUACGCCCAGGUCCCUAAACAUUUCCAUGUUCCAGACCAGGGCAUCAACAUGUACCGGAAGCCUCCCAUCUACAAACAGCACGAUCCGUCUGCCUUAGCAGCAACGGCCAGCAACUCCGAGGAUAUCAUCAAGUCCUCCAAAUUCCCAGCCGCGCACCCUCCGGGACCCAACGAAGUCCCAAAGAUUGAGACAGACCAUUGGCCAGGCCCUCCAUCCCUUGCUGCCAUAGGGUCCGACUCCAGGAGACGAUCAAGUGGGCGAGAGGAAGAUGAUGAAGAAUUACAAAGGCGUCGGCAACUUCAGGAAGAACAACUUAUGAAGCUCAAUUCAGGUCUGGGACAACUUAUACUGAAAGAAGAAAUGGAGAAAGAGAACAGAGAGAGAACGCACUCGGCUUCUCGAUAUGACUCCCCGCUUCUGUCGUCCCUGAACUCCAAUGCUUCCAAAACAUCAUCUCUCCCUGGAUACGGAAGAAAUGGUCUCCAUCGGCCGGUGUCCACAGACUUUGCCCAGUAUGACAGUUAUGGUGACAUCAGCGGUGGAAUCCGGGAUUACCAGUCGCUACCAGAUGGCCAUGUUCCUGCAAUGAGAAUGGAUAGGGGAGUGUCCAUGCCUAACAUGCUGGAGCCAAAGAUUUAUCCUUACGAAAUGCUGAUAGUUACAAACCGUGCACGCAAUAAAAUUCUAAGAGACGUGGACAGAACGAGACUGGAGCGUCAUCUAGCACCUGAAAUUUUUCACGAGAUCUUUAAGAUGACAAUCCAGGAAUUUGACAAGCUGCCUCUCUGGAGACGUAAUGAAUUAAAGAAAAGGGCCAGGCUUUUCUGAGUCGCCCCGCUGCGAUGUUCUGCAAUAAGCGGUUGAUGAUCUCCAGCAUCUGAGGCGUGGAAACAAAUCCAAUACUGCCCCGUGUGAUACUGAAUAGGGGUCCUGCUAAUGUUUGAACUAUGGGUGAAAGUGUGAAAAUGUCUCAGUGACCUAUGCCACUAACGCAUACUCGGCGUGCCAACGGACACGGGACACGCUACUCUCCUAUAACUGCCACACCGUUUGAUAUCACUCUGUGCCCACUUUAUCCAAACACGAGAGGGGGAUGCGAGUUGCCUAUGUGUUUUUGUGUGUGUUUGUGCAAGAGAAUUUUAUUUUAUUUUGUUUGUUUUUUUCUGAAGUCCUUCAAACACUUGGCUUUUCUAGUCAAGCACUUAACAGGUUUACACAAAAUUAUAACCAAAUUCCUUAGAUCUGCCUUUAAUGUUUUUGGAAAAUAAUAAUUUUAGUUAACAUCUUAAAACGCAAUGCCAAUUCUAUGUAUCUUAUCUCAUUUAGCUAAAAUGUUGUUUCUCUUAGCGGAGAGUUUUAAGAGUUUGUUUUCUUCUGAAAUACCACUUUCUUCUUACCUAAGGGACGCAGUGGAUGUAGAGGUCGUCCCUGGUCCACACGUUCCUACUGUGGCUAUUGUAACCAAAUCUAUUUACACUAAACAAAUAGAGGGAGGUAGGUCUUGCCAUAAUAUAGGAAGGGCAGCCGGAACCCCAACUUUAAUACCAAAAAGGCUUGUAUCUGGCACUCGUGGUUAAUCUUAUGAUCAGUAAAUAUCUAACAAUAUUUAAUCAUGUUAAUAAUAAUAAAAAAUAUAUUAAUUAUGCAAUUUACACUGGGGCCAGGACCUGAGCUCCGAGUGGAAGAGGAAUGCACCCCAUCAUUUUCACAACGUGGGUUUAAUAUCGAGACUUUGAGAUAGUCAAUGUUUCUUUCAUGCUCCUUUAUUUUGAGAGAGAGUUUUUUGGACCCUACCUCCGGUGAUUGCUUAUCACAUCUAGAAAUGCAUUUGUUUUUGGUUUGGUUUGGUUUUUUUCGCUAAAUUAGGAAUUGGGGAAAUUGUCAAAGGAAUUGUUCAUUUUGGACAAAAAUUGCCAUGCUGUACCAACAAAACAAAAACAACUCUUCAAAAUGUUUACGUUUCUUGAUUAGUUAUUUGGGUCUGAACAUGAGUAUUCAGUGAAGUGUGAAUUUCAGGAGUUUAGAAUGAAUGCAGAGUGAAUUGAAAUUUUAGAACAAAGUAGCCCUUUUUUUUUUAGCUUAAUUGGAAACAUUUUCAGUUGAAAUAAUUUGGCCUAAAAUAUGACAUUUCCAACAAUUACUUAUUUAAUGAAUGGUCCAGCAAUUCCCUGAUCAGUUCUCCCCAAUUCCUAUUUUAUUGAAUAGACCCAAUGUCUCCCAGCAAUGGCAAGAAGGCAGGGAACGUUGGCGCAGAUUAAUACUGAUAUAAUGCAAUCCUUUUAUCUUGGCACGCAAAUAAUAUAGUCGCUACAUUCGCCAAGACCCAUGUAGCAUCAUAGGGAGUGUAGUGCAAACUGUAAUUAUCGUUGAAAAGAGAUGAGAAAAUGUAAAUUAUUAAUGGAUAUUUUAUUAAUGCCAAGCACACUCAUCAGAUGUAAGGACAAGGGUUAAGAAGCCAGCGAUCUGUCCACAUUCUGUCUCUCUAUAAUAUGAAUGCACUGAAUACAAAAACAUAAACACCAGCUUUGGCUGGCUUGCUGUGAUAGGAGCUUGUACUUGGACAGUGGCUGGAAGGAGACUCUUGGCCAGUUUGACACAUGCCCACAAGGGGGUGCUAGUUACACCUAUUCUCUUACAGUAAUCUCAAUGGGUUAUAACAAAUGUAUCCUGAAAUAUUUAUAUUUUUUAUAAAUCACUUUUUGUGUAACACUCCACAUGCCCCCUCUUCCUUGUUCACGUGGCAGUCUGUAUGGACCAUUCCUGCAUCCCUUUGGCCAGUAGUUAAUGGUAAUGGUUUUUAUUUGUUUUAGAUUUCUAAGAAAGCUUUCGAACAGAAACACCAUACAAUAAAGGCAGAGCACCAGUCUGUCUGCGUUCCUUUAUCAUUACGCAAUAAUCACAGAUUAAUUACAAUAAAGCUGGUCUGGGCUGCUUUCAGAAUGCCUGAGAGCAAUACAACUCUUCAUGGUACUUUUAUAAAUGUUCUAUAGAAGCCUGCCUGCCAUAACAUACAUAGGGGUUUAUAUACUAAACAGCUUCCAAACUGAAGGCCAUCAUUGCCGGGCUGGAAGACUUGUUCAUUGAAUCCACCCAGCUCACAGUCUAGUGUUUAGUAAAUAUUGUUAGAUUGCAAGCUCUGCAUUUUUGUAUGCGAGGUAAGGCAUAUAAGACACACAGAUAUAUAGCAGCUCCACCACCCUAAUAGCCGCAUUCUUAAGAUAACAUUAUAACUGCUUGAGCUGCCUCAACGUCCAGCAAAACCCUUAAAGGGAUAUUUACUUAAUACAAAAAUCAGAAUUGGAAAAAGAAAUCGCCAACUUGGCUGGGUUUUCAGUUUGGCAAUAGUGGGCUAAUAUAUGAAAUUCACUUUGAAUUCUUGUCAGUUAACCUUUUGGUGAAUAGCUGUGGAUGAACCAGGAAUUUCGCAGAUUGACAUAGAAAUAGCAAGGUUUGGGCCAUAAUAAAAAGUUGGAUGAUUUUAACUAAAAUGAGCGAUUCUAUAGUUCAUUCUCCACGUUUUCCAGUUACGCGAAUCAAACCAAAAUAGGGUUUGACCAACGAAAAGGUUGUUUUGACUUCUGAUCUCAACAAUAGAAAUGAAUUGUCUCCUAUUGUUAAGGAAUAUUCUAACAGUUGGUGAUUUAUGUAUCAGCUUGGGAAUGCAGUCCGCUGCUCAGGAUAAAUCACAGAUUUAUUUCUAUGGCAUUUACUAUAGAUUUCAUGUUAUGGGGCUUUACUGUCAUUGCAAAGCGCUUUGGGAGAGAACAGGCGAAAACCACUUAUAAUCGAACUGGAACUCAGUAUAACGUAUCCGAUAUAUUAGCGAAUGGAAGCUGUAUGUGUGAACAUGUAUCGAGACAAUCCUCUCCCUGUAACAGGUGCUCUAUCUGUAGGGCUGACUCCCUCUCAUAUAUCUGUACAACUUCAUUAAAGCAAGUUAUUAAGAAUGA